CCCCAGGUGUGGUAAUUAGGUGUGAAAAACGCUGCAUUGAUGUUCACGCGGAUGGCAGACUUUUCUUUCAAAGACGGAGAAAACAGGAGAACAAGUGGCUGCUGGAUGUGUGCUGUCUGAUUUUGAUUAACAAUGGCUUCAGUGCGAGUAGCGGUCCGAGUCCGUCCAUUGAACAGAAGGCAGAGAAAAGCAGUUAUCAUCGAAGGUGAUCAUUCAUAUGAUGGGGAACACCACGUCUAUUCAUAAGCCUUCACCAGUCCGAGGGGAUGAGCUGAAGGACAGAGGGAAGACCUUUUCUUAUGACUUCUCAUAUGAUUCAACUGACAGAGGAAGCCCCACAUUUGCAUCCCAGGAGAGGAUUUUUCAUGACUUGGGGUCUGAUGUCCUGAAAGCUGCAUUUGAGGGUUUAAAUGCCUGCGUGUUUGCCUAUGGCCAAACCGGCUCAGGGAAAUCUCACACCAUGAUGGGUCACACAGACGAUAAAGGUUUAAUUCCACGGAUCUGUGAAGGCUUGUUCUGCGAGAUAUCUCAUCGAAGCAGGAAUGAUACCGUGUCGUUCUGUACAGAGGUCAGCUAUUUGGAGAUCUAUAAUGAACGUGUGCAGGACCUUCUCAAUAAGGGCACUGCAUCCACAGAUGGUGGAGGCUUAAGGGUGAGAGAACACCCCAGAGACGGAACCUAUGUAGAGAAUCUGUCCAAACAUUCGGUACACAAGCACAGUGACAUGGAGGAUCUGAUCAUUCUCGGCAAUGCCAACCGCACCACAGCCAGCACAGGCAUGAAUAGCUCCAGCAGCCGCUCCCAUGCCAUCUUCACCAUCCGCUUCACCCAGGCGUGGUUUGAUGCCGAGUUGCCACAUGAGACGCUGAGUAAGAUCCACCUCGUAGACCUGGCAGGUAGUGAGAGAGCGGAUGCCACACACACCACAGGCGGCAGGCUGAAGGAAGGUGCAAACAUCAACAAAUCCCUGGUUACCCUGGGCAGUGUGAUCUCAGCUUUGGCUGACCUAAGCGUGGGAGGACAGUUAACAAAAAAGAAGAAACAGAUCUUCAUUCCUUACAGAGACUCUGUGCUGACAUGGCUACUAAAAGACAGCCUGGGUGGAAACUCUAUCACUACUAUGAUAGCAACCAUUUCCCCUGCUGAUGUGAACUACAACGAGACACUGAGCACUUUGCGCUAUGCCAGCCGAGCUAAAAACAUCGUGAACUCUCCCACUGUAAAUGAAGACGGCAGCGUGAAGGUGAUCAGAGAGCUGCAGGCAGAGGUUACCAGGCUCCGAAGGCUGCUAGAAGAAGCCAAUCAGGUUUACUGUGAGGAGGUGUCUUCCUCUGUGGAUGUAGAGGAGGAGCUGCAUCAGAAUGAGGAAAAGGUUCUAGUACUGACCAAGGAGUGGACCAGCAAAUGGAGUGAAACACAGAGUAUUCUGCAGGAGGAGACUGUGGCUCUGAGGAAGGAGGGGAGUCGAGUGGUUCUGGACUGCCAGUUACCUCAUCUGAUAGGAAUUGAUGACGACCUGCUCAGCACUGGAAUAAUCCUUUAUUAUCUUAAAGAGGGAAGAACCCUGAUUGGAAGUGAUGAAGCGUCAUGCAAUCAGGAUAUUGUGCUUCAUGGGCCUGGGGUCCUCGGCAAACACUGUGUGCUUGAGAACCGUGCUGGUACGGUGACUCUGAUCCCUCAGGGUGGUGCAGUGUGUUCAGUCAAUGGCUCUGUGGUAACUGAUCCCUGCCAGCUGACUCAGGGUGCCAUCACACAGCUAGGGACAGGAACCAUACUCCGGUUUAACCACCCAACUGAAGCUGCCCAGCUCAGAGACAAACGCCAGAGUGGGCUGCUGUCUGCCUUCAGCCUCUCCUUGACUGACAUGUCCAAAUCUACUGAGAAUCUGUCCAAGGCACUGCUGCAGAAUUCAGGGAGGGUGGAAAAGAAGCUCAACCAGCAGGAGGUGGAAUGGCAGCAGGUCCAAGGAAGCCUGAACAGACGCAACCAGCACAUCAAAAGACUUUCAAAGGAAAACAGUGGGACUCCUCAUCAACCGGGAGGAGACGAGAAGACAACGGGGGCAGAGAUGGAAGAGACUAGCAAUGGACAGAUGGAUGUGUUGGCUGCAGAGUCCAAAGUGCCCAGCAGCUGUGUCUCUACUAGCUGUCUCUGUACCUCUACGACAAUAAAGGAGCUCCUGACUGCAGCCAUACCUGGAAAAUAUCCUGUCCCUCACACAAGUUUUGAGUUGGAUGGAGACACACUGCAGGGUGGAGUAAGCACCAGGGAUGGCCAGGAGCAGGAGAGGGACUUGUGUCAUAAAUCAGGGCCAGGGCUCAUGUCUAAGUCGCCGUGGAGGAAAGCUCAGAGUGGGGCUAGAGUUGCAAGUUAUAAGGGAGAGGAGGUUUGGUCAGGGGAUGCCAGCCUCCAGCAGACAAGUGUCCUGGGCCCGGGUGAUGGAUGUGGCACGAAGCCAGAGGGGAAUGCUAACGAGAUCCAAGGUGUCGUGGCUGACUGCUACAAGGGGAGACCUGGCUCUGGUGGGAGCUCAUUAGGCGGCAUGUCCCACCUGCAGAGAAACGGAGGAGCUAGCUCCACGUCUGUCCUCCCACUGAGCAGCACUCAUUCUAAGCUCAACAACAAGUCUCUCAGCAGUCAUGCAGCACGCUGUCCACCUGAGGAAACUACCUUCCAGGGCCAGUGCAGCUGUGGAGAGAUGGAUGAAUCUGGAGGUUUGGAGGAGAUCCCGGGAGUGUGCAUGACAGAGACUGCAGCAAGAACAGUGCAACGCACAGGGCUGGGCUCUUUGGUCAGCAGAGUUUCUUGGAUUGUCCAGGAUGCACGACGUCUUCUUUGGAGCUCUCCCACAAUAUUGCAGCAAGUUAGGAAAGAGGGACUGCAGCCUGUUGGGGCCCGCUGGUCCAGUCAUGUUGUCUCUCUGGUCAGGGAAAAUAAUUUUUUGUCUGUAGUAAAGGACAGCCAGGUCUUCUCCAUUGUUAAAGGGAGCUUUGUCUUCUCUCUGUUAAAGGAUAGUCACAUUUUUUCAAUGGUGAAAGAACUACCUCUCAUACAGCACAUCCAAAUGGAGAUAACUCAAAACCUUCAGCCUGAGGAGGCAGCUCAGAUGAUUCAUGGCUGCAUUAAUCCAGACACAACCCAAGUCCCAGUCCAGACACAAACACAAACCUUUAGCAAUACAGAAGAAUUACCAGAUGACAUGCUGCAAAUCCCAGAGGAUAUCGAGAUAAAGUGCAUUGGGGAUCAGCAGUUAGCACAAAAGCAAGACAGGGCUUGUAUUCAUGUAAAACAUGGCAACAAACAGACUACAGAGCAACACAUCAGUGAGCCAGAUGUUACAUAUACACUUGAAGACAAAGAUCAGGGAUUGGAGAACUCGAGGAGUGUGCAGAACAAAAUGGAUGUUCAAGUUUUUAGUCAAACAUUGAUAGAAUUUCCUGAUUCCCUUUUGAACCUGCAAACUCUGCCACUGCUAGACCUGAUGGACACUUUGCAGUCUGUCAUCUCCACCUUAGUGCUCACCUCCCAGAAAAUGGUUGCUCUCUAUUGGCUGAAUGUUGCCAAACGCAGCCAACCUGAGCACCAUCCUGCUCUCCUGAUCCUGAUGGAGAAUGGUCUCUACACCCUGACUGUUGAGUCUGGGCUUCUGGUGGUUUUCCAUCACCUCCCUUUGUUGCAGCUGAAGGAGGUGCAGAUAAAUUUAGGAGGCCACAGUUUGCGUUUUAUGGGUACUACAGAGGAAAGCAUUCUGGGUGUCUAUACCUACAGCCAGGAACUAACCAAAGAGCUGUGCUGGGCCAUACUUGGUAUUAUGUGCCCCGGAGACAACAGGGUCACUGAACACCCUCUGCUCCAUGGAGACUUGAUGAAGAUGUCUUUAGAGUGGCAAACCUACAUACCUGACCUCCUGCUGGAUGCUGGUUUAAGGGUUUGCUGCCAGUUUCAGAAGAGUCUUGCUGAUCUUGUUUACCUUCUUCAUUGUAACAUGGAUCAAGAAAUAGUCACUCUAGGAGAGUUGCAGCUACUACUCUACACAAGUGUAGGGGUGUGUGUCAGCUCCAGUACCCGCUCUGAGGCACCGGCUCAGCUUUUACUUACUGAAACCCACCUUGGUCUUGUCCAGGAAGAUGCUGUCUUUCACCCGGCUCCACGCUCAGUCACCAUAGAACCUCGCCGCCCCCAAUUCCAUGACUUAACUCUUCGUCAGCGCUCAGAUGUGCGCUGUUUGCUGGUGCAUGAUGAAGACAAGCACGGAGCUGUCAGGCUGGAUGUAAUCCUAGCAAAUGUGAGGGGCAGGGGUCACCCUGAAAGCGUGACUAAGGGAGCUACCCCGCCUGCACAUGCUUCAAAUUCGUCUCCCCAUGCAGAAGUGUGGAAAUUAACUUUCAGUUGCUCCUCUGAGGCCGCCUGCCUGAUUAAUCACUUCAAAUGUCUGAUCAAGGACUGAACAGUCAGUAAUGAACAGCGCAGCUUAAACUCUCAUUCACAGGGAGCAAUGGGAGAUGCAAGUGCAUCCCAACUAGACAGUGCAAAGGGCCACUUUAUUGUUAGGUGACAGUGAAAACUGUGUCCUAUUUUGGAGUUUUUCUUGGAGUUUGUCAUUUUAAUAUUACAUGGCUUUAGCACUUGAGGGUUUUAUAUUUCAAACACACUGUUAUCGUUCUUUAACCACUACCUUCGAAUUAUUGUUUUUGCCAAAGAUGUCAGUUUAAUGUUAGAUGUUUUAAAUAUUAAGGGACUGACGGUUCAUUGAGAAUUAAAAACAUGUUUAUCGGUUUCAUUUGUUUCAUGAGCAAUGUAAUAUUUUAAUGGGUUUUAGAUUACCAAUCUGACCAAAUGAUCUCACUGUCAUGCUACUUAAAUUGUGUAUAUAUGUAUGUCAAGUUGUUUCAAUUUCAAACGUUUUAUGUAAAAACAGAGCUAUUAAAAUGUGUGAAUAUGUUUGUAAAAAAUAAAAGGAAGCUAAAUCCA